CACCGCUCGUCUUGCAUUUUGUGACCCACACUUCGUCCAUCAAAGUUCACGGAUCUGAUCGGUCGGUUUCACAUAGUUACUCCGGCUCAGGUUCACUGCAUCGCGCAACUUUGUUAAGCAAACCAGCACAAACAUACGCCAUCUGCAAUGCCAGCUGAAACAGCUUGUCCAAUCUCUGGGGUCGACCGAGCGCUGUCGUCAUACAUCAAUUCUCGUGAUGACACGCUAAAGAUCAGACGGACGCUCUCGCGCUAUCUCACAUCCAGUCUCCGGCCAGUGAAUCAUGCAACUCAAAAUCAGCAUAUGGUUCACGAGCAUCCGCUAGGCAUUUCAGCUGCCAGUACAAAUCCGCCUGGCUUGAAAGAAUCGCGCAUAACUUACCUGCAAGCGCUGCGAGCAAGAAGUCAGGCAGAGGCGAAGCAUCGAGAGCUCCAAACAUCAUUGGAAGAUUUCCAGAACCGCCACGUCGACGAAAAUCCUACCCUACCACGACAAGGCCAAGACGACGAGUCCACGCGAGGAUAUAUCAACUUGCUCCGACAGCGUCGGAAGCUUGCAGAGUUGACUGUCAUUCAAGAAUCUCUGGAAAAACUACUGUGUGCACAGCCGACCAAGCGGCAUCAUGACCCAAGAGAUCACGUUCAGGAAGUCAUCGGAGAGCAGCCAGAUCUCCCAGCUGAGAGAUUAGAGCAGAUUGCUCAACCCGAGGACAACCAAAGUUCAAUAUUCAGGUUGAAGCAAGAAGUACUGGACGCACGAAGCCGAAUGGAUCGGGCAAAUAUCGCCAGACAACAAGCGAACAGUACAGUCCGAGGUCGAUCUGGACUUCAAGGCCAAAUUAAUGCUCUUGAAAAAGCGCGAAACGAGAUUGUGGAGUGGAUGCAGGGCGAGUUGGCCAAGAUGGAGGAAGAAUCGGUGUUUCUUGAGGAUGCCUCGCCCAUCAAACGUUCAGUACAUGAGGACACUCUUGUAGACCUUGAGUCUGCUGAAGCUCGCGUCCGUGCCUCUUACAAUCGCUACAUCGCAGCUCGAGUGGAGUUAAUAAAGACCUAUGAGAGCCUGGACGAGCCCUUGCCUGAGGGCAAAAAGACGGAGUCUGAUGAUGCCGCGAAGUCCUCUGCUGAGAGUCUCAGAGACCCCAACCUUGUGAGACCUAUCACAAAGCUGCUCCCUCAUAUUCCUCAGCUCGCUCGCUCAGCUCAGAAUGAACGCUUCUUGCUACAGCAAGCCGUAUAUCUCCAAAGUCAACUGGCUGCUUCGGACCAGGAAACAGAAGAGGCACUGCUGCGCUUGUCGGGCGAAAGCCACUUACUGCCGGCCGGAUCGAAGGAGGCCAGCGCGUGGGGCAAAGUCGCCGUCGAGGCAGAAUCUGCGACUGAGACAGUCGUGAAAAAGCUUCUGAGGGAAAGCCGCCAGGAAGUCGGCAGUAUUGACGCUGUUGCUGAUCUUUGCUCACUACAAAGUAAGGUAUUGGCUUCUGUGUAGGAAAGUCAGCGUUCCAUU